AUGGCGGGUUUCGUUAUAUCUGGUUUAAAGCCUCUUCCUUGUAUCUACGAUAGACCCGCCGCUGGUGUUAUCUCGACGAGUUCUUCAAAAUCCAGAUUUUUAACCAAAAACAAGAAUUUCCCAGGUCUAAAAACGUUAAAUCCAAUCAAAUCCAGGAACUGGGGUCUAAACGUGAGUGCCCCAUUUAGAGUUGCAUCCGUUGAAGAAGAUGAGGGAAGGAAAGAGAGAAACCAUGGUAUUAAUGGAUUUGAGGAACAAGAACAAGAGGCAGGGUUCGACCCUGGGGCGCCUCCGCCGUUUAAGCUGGCUGAUAUAAGAGCGGCCAUACCGAAGCAUUGUUGGGUGAAGGAUCCAUGGAAAUCUAUGAGCUACGUGGUGAGGGAUGUCGCUGUGGUGUUAGGCCUUGCGGCUGCUGCGGUCUAUGUUAACAACUGGAUUGUUUGGCCUCUUUACUGGGCUGCACAAGGAACCAUGUUUUGGGCUCUUUUUGUUCUUGGUCAUGACUGCGGCCAUGGUAGCUUUUCAAACGAUCCCAAGUUAAACAGUGUAGUGGGGCAUCUCUUGCAUUCUUCCAUUCUUGUGCCUUACCAUGGAUGGAGAAUUAGCCACAGGACUCACCAUCAAAACCAUGGUCAUGUUGAGAAUGAUGAAUCAUGGCACCCGUUGUCUGAGAAGAUAUACAGGAGUUUAGAUACUCUAACACGAACAUUGCGGUUCAUAUUGCCUUUUCCCAUGCUUGCAUUCCCUUUCUACCUUUGGAACAGAAGUCCAGGAAAGAGUGGUUCGCACUUCGACCCCAGCAGUGAUUUGUUUGUCCCGACUGAAAGAAAAGAUGUGAUUACUUCCACUCUAUCUUGGACAGCCAUGGCUGCUAUUCUUGUUGGCUUGGGUUUCACAAUGGGUCCUAUGCAGUUGCUUAAGCUAUAUGGCAUUCCAUAUUGGAUUUUCGUGAUGUGGCUGGAUGGGGUUACAUACUUGCAUCACCAUGGUCAUGAAGAGAAGCUUCCUUGGUACCGUGGGAAGGAAUGGAGUUACUUAAGGGGAGGUCUUACAACACUUGACCGUGACUAUGGAUGGAUCAACAACAUCCACCAUGAUAUUGGAACCCAUGUCAUACACCAUUUGUUUCCACAAAUCCCACAUUACCAUUUAGUAGAGGCGACUGAGGCAGCGAGGCCAGUUCUCGGAAAAUACUAUCGAGAGCCGGAACAAUCAGGGCCUUUACCUUUCCACCUCAUCGGAAGUUUGAUGAGAAGCUUGAAGAAAGAUCACUAUGUUAGUGACACUGGGGAUGUUGUUUACUACCAAACUGACCCAGAACUCAAAAAGAAUGCUUCAUAA